UGGUUAAGUAAACCGUGUGGCACAGCAUGCAAACGAGCGUACGUGCAAACUGUCAAAAGUGUUUGGCAUUGAACAUGCAAUUCAAUCAAUGUAGAAUUGCAGUUUUUUCCUUUAUUUAUUGAUUUAUUCCAUUUGAAGUGUGCGUUGUUCAUGAAAUUUAUUGAAAAUUUCAACAUUUCUCUUUAUUUUAAAAGCAAUACAUGUACAUUUGUGCUCCGCCAAUUUGACAAUUGUCACCCUGUGACAGUGAUUCGCAUUACGGCCAAUACUGAGUAAAAGUGGGAGUUUGUUUGACAAUAUGGCGCUUUUGAUUACAAACUCGCUCUCUUUCUCUCUCAAAAAUGUAUAGACAAAAUAGACAGAAGACGACAAAUCAGAUUCACUUGCUCUUGACUUUUGGGCUUGAUUCAUUCAUCAUUCAAUGAAGUGUGUGUGAGAGUGAGUGUGCGUGUGCAGGGCGACUAAAUGAAAACGAUAAAAAAAAGAAAAGGAUUUGCUGUUCAACGUUAAAAUCUGGCAUUUAUCUCUAUUAAGUGUUGUUUAAAUAUUGACUUGGAAAACACGCAAUCGUACAACAACAGAAACAACAUCAAUUUUCGAUUGAAAAGCAAACGGUGGCAGCAAACAACAAAAAAAAUCUACAAAAUUUUAGUGAUAGCGCAUAGGAAUUAAGAAUAAAAUUAUCGUGAAAAAAUGAGUGAUUUAUUUAAAUCUGCAAUGGGCUACUUCAAUACGGGUCCAACGAUAAGUGUCAGUGACAAUGAUUUUGUUGGGCAAAUCGUUGAAGUUGGUGCAGUGAAACUUCGUGUGAAGCGUGUCAUCGCAGAAGGAGGUUUUGCUUUUGUGUACGUUGUACAAGACACCCAGAAUGGAACGGAAUAUGCACUGAAACGACUACUGGGUUCCGAUAAGCAAGCAUGCAACAAUAUCAUACGUGAAUUGAACAUUCAUAAACAGUUAUCUGGACAUCCGAAUAUAGUGACAUAUGUAGCCGCCUCGUUUAUCGACCACACGAACAGUGCAAAGGCAAAUGCCGAAUAUCUGCUGGUAUCAGAGUUAUGUAAAGGCGGCUCAUUAAUCCAUUGCAUGGGCACGUCAUUCGAACCAGAUACAAUUUUGAAAAUUAUUUAUCAAAUUAGCAAAGCCAUUGCGCAUAUGCAUAAUCAAAAUCCACCCAUUACGCACAGAGACAUCAAGAUAGAAAAUUUCCUUUUGACGGCCGAUGGCGAACUGAAACUAUGUGAUUUUGGAUCGGCCACAACUGAAAUAUAUAUACCAGACGUUUCGUGGUCGGCACAGCAACGUGACACGCUCGAAGAUCAACUGGCGAGCAUAACAACACCCAUGUAUCGAUGUCCCGAACAAUUGGAUCUCUGGUCAAAUCAUACGAUUGGAAUUAAGAGCGAUAUUUGGGCACUCGGUUGUGUCAUCUACUACUUGUGUUUCCAAAAGCAUCCAUUCGAAGACUCAGCAAAACUACGAAUAGUUAACGCAAACUUCACACUGCCCGUAGAUUCUAGAUAUCAGUGUUUUCACGACAUCAUCAAAGGUUGCCUACAAGUUGAUCCAAACAAACGAUUCGACGUGUCUAUGGUUUUAGAUAGACUCGGCGCUAUUUCGGAGACAAAAGGCUGGCCACUGAAAGGUCCAGUGAAAUUGAAGGGAAAACCAAUUGAAACACCACCAAGUGUUACUCCAAAUGCAAGUCCAAUGCAUACUGCUCAAAAUACUCAGCCAAACCAAAGCAACAAUCCGCCUCACGCACCGAAUAGGCCACCUCCGCCACGACCUGCACCAGCAAAUCACAGCUCAGCAAAUCGAAACGUUCCUCCUCCACGACCAGUUAGCUCGCCAGCCGCAGCGGUUCGAAACCCACAACAUUCCAAUGCACCACCACCACCACAACACGUUGCCCACGAUUCCAUCAAUUCAGGUGGUGCCGGCAGUUUGUUUUCGUUUUCAUCAAUCAAAGGCGGCGCUGGAAGUUUGCUCAAGAAUCUAAAGGAUACCUCGUCCAAAGUGAUACAGUCGGUGCAGCAAACGAUUGUUACACGCACUGACUUGGAUAUCAGCGCAAUUACAUCUCGAGUACUUGUGAUGCCAUGUCCAUCGGAAGGAUUAGAGUCGGCAUAUAAAACGAAUAACAUUGAAGAUGUGAAAGUGUAUAUUGAAAGUCGUUAUCAAUUGGGCAAAGUGAGUGUGUAUAAUUUCGGGCCCAGAUCUUGUCCACGCUUGCCGCCACCAGUUCGAACGGUCGAAGGAAGUUUUAUCUUUCCUCUGGCGAACAAAGCACCUCUUCUACAGGGAAUGUAUUCACUGGUUGAAGAUAUGUAUGGGUUCUUGAGUGCGGAUCCAAAAUCCAUUGUCAUCAUUCAGAGUGCAGACAAUGGUCGUGCUACUGCUGCCACAAUGACCUGCGCAUUGCUUAUCUACGCAAACUUGGUUCAGCAGCCGGAAGAUGCUCUUCAAAUAUUCGCAAUUCGCCGUAUUCCACCGAAUUUACGGCCAUCUGAGCUUCGAUAUUUGUACUAUUUGUCAGACAUCGUUCGUUCAACUCCGCAUUUACCACACUUCAAACCAAUUACAUUGAAGUCACUCACUUGUACACCAAUUCCACGGGUGACAAAGGCAAGAGAUGGAUGUAGACUUUACGUCGAAGUUGUUUGCAAUGACAAAGUUGUUCUGUCCACCAUUCAGGAAUAUGAUAAAAUGAAGUUAUAUCACGCAAGCGAGGGAAAAAUUCAAGUAAAUUUGAAUGCAACAAUUUGCGGUGAUUUUUGCGUAACUCUGUACCAUGCUCGCAAUGCACUAAAAGGAAUGGGCCGACCGCAAGGGAUAAAAGUAUGCCAAUUCCAAAUGCACACGGGCUACAUACAUGAACAAGAGACGCUUCUGCAACUUGACAGACCAGAGCUGGAUGAUUUGCCCGAGCACAUCGAGCACAUUCCCAUGAAUUUCAAUGUGACUGUUCCGAUCGAAGUGAAUGACACAGAACGACCACCAGCCUCAAAUUGCCCAUGGAUUCCAUUGAAAUCGCAACGUAAUCCACUCACGUUGUUCAGCACCCAGCUCGAAUACGAUGAAACUGUUGACAAUUUCAUUACAAAACCAACGUCAAAAUCAUUCGAACCACCACGAAGACCAUCAAAUCCAGCGCCGAACCGAGCAUCGAUUCCACCACCAAGACCGACUCCACCUAUGGCUUCAGCAGCACAUACUGAAAGGCAAGAUCCUACCGAAGAAACGGUUGAUGUCAACGCUGUUCCAAAUGUUGCCCAGCCCGAAGUUGAUUUACUGAAUAUGUUGCCCCGAAGCAAUAACACCAAUGCAAGCGUUCCACCGAAAAACGCCAGCUUUGAUCUGCUUGGUUCAUUUGAAACAGCUGAGUCACAAGGAAAUAACGCGAUGCCAGACUUAUUGUCCGAGUCGCAAGCCAAACCACAAGACUUAGAUGAUCUUUUCGGUUCAUUUGGACAGACAAACAAUACGAACAGUUCGAAUUUGCCAGAUUUAAGCAGCAUGGGACUAAAUUUCAACGCACCAAGCAAUAACAACGUAAAUUUUGACCCGUUUGGAGGAGCCGCUGCUUUCGGCACAAAUGCUGAUGUUUUGAGGCCAACCAGUACUGAAACAUCUCCUUCGCAAGCAAAACAACCGCCCAGUGCAACACAAACAAACAAAGAUCCAUUCGCUGAUAUGGCCAAUCUAGCGUCUGGCUUGAAUUUAAAUUGGGGCGCACAGUCAGCGGCAUCCAAACCAACGGCUGGCACCAGCCCACAUUCUACACAGUUCUCAAGUCCAACACAUCAAUACGGUGGUUUCGUCCCGAAUACAAACACAGCUCAAGCAGCACCGUCUAUGCAGCAAGCUCGAAGUCCAAUGGAAAAUCAACCAUCAUCUAGGCCAGACUACAGUCGAUCACACUUCGAAACAAAACCAAAACAGAAUGGUACAAAUAAUACCAAUGCCGGAUCAUCGAAUAGCAGUGGGGGUGGCGUUGGUGUUGGCGUUGGCGUUGGUGGCGGUGAUAUAUUUGCCGAUAUUCUUGGACAACAAGGAUACAAUUUUGCAACAAAGCCACAAGGCGGCCCAAGGUCAAUAAAUGAAAUGCGAAAAGAGGAACUUGUACAACACAUGGAUCCAGAUAAACUGAGAAUCAUGGAAUGGACCGAAGGAAAGAAAAACAAUAUUCGAGCUUUGCUCUGCUCAAUGCACACGGUACUGUGGACCGAUGCCAAAUGGAAAAAGUGCGAAAUGCAUCAAUUGGUCUCACCGGCAGAUGUAAAGAAAGCCUACAGAAAAGCAUGCCUGGCUGUUCAUCCGGAUAAGCAAGCUGGAACGGACAAUGAAACGAUCGCAAAAAUGGUGUUUAUGGAAUUGAAUAACGCAUGGUCUGAUUUCGAAAACGAUUCAACACAACAGAAUAUGUUUUCAUAAGAUGGAAAUGGAUCUAACGCAUGACACAGUAGCUUAAUCAGCUACAAAAAUGCGAACUAAUUAUAUCCAUCAUAAUGUUUUGUUUAAGUGAAUUCGUUGUUCAUUGAGAAAAAAAAUUUAAAAGUCUAAAAUAUUUCCAAAUCCCUAUACAUUCCUAAGAGUGAAACUUGAAGUAAAACCGAAUUUUAAAUUCGCAUCAAUAGGAAAAAAUUGCAUAAAGCCAGAGUUUCUAUUGAUGUAACAAGCAUUACAAAUUUUUGUGGCAAUUAUAAAGUAUUUACUCUAUAUUUCUUUAUUAAUUUUUCGAAGAAAAAAAAACGAUGGUGCUUCUACAUCAUUUCAUCUUAAAAUUACAAUCAUGAGAUACAAAAAGGCAUUCAAUAGAUAUGAUUGCUUGAAUUAGAAUUUGCAAUUUUGAACAACAAAAAAAACAUCACAAAUCAAUUCACAUAGUUUUUUUCUAAUUUUCAAGAGCAGAAUUGUGUGAACGGUCGAGUCUGUGAUUCAAAACAAAUUGAUAAGUUGAAAUUUCAUCGUCUUGCCGGAAAAUUGCAUAUGGAAUGUGCUCAUCAGCUCAUUUAUUGAAUUGUUUCCAUAUUUGUGUUUCACAUUAAAUAAUGGCCCAUUUGUCUUCAUUUCAAAUCAAAGAUUCAUUCGACCGGUUAUUUUUUUAAAUUUAGCGAUUCCAUUAUUAUUAAUUCAUCCAAUAAUUUACAUCGAAUUAAUUUGCUAGAAAUCUUGUAAAUAUCAAAUUAUCAGUCUUGUAUAGGAUCAAUUUCCUUUGUCGUUAAAUAUAUCGGAAGCAAAAUAAUAAAACAAUUAGAUAACAAAGAAUUUAUCGUAAA